AUGGGCAAAAACAAAUCUGUAAUUUCAAGUGGCUCCAAAGACAGUGGUGGUGCUAGUAUAGCAUCUAUAACUUCAAAUCGAUCAACAUUUUCUACCAUGGCAUCAUCAAAGAGCACGAAAAAGAAUACUUCUCAACACCUUAAAAAGUCAUCGGCCUCGGUCAUUGACUCAAAGAAGGCUCCUUCAGUCUAUGAUGAAAUUUUGAAAACAGCUUUCAAGAAGAAGCCUUUACCAUCAACGAACUCUAAAGGACUCCAUAACACGGAGAACAUCAAGCAAGAAAAGAAGAAGAAGGUACAAGAAACGUUCAUUCCAACUCAGGGUAGUAACGAUCCGUAUAUUGAGGUUCCUGAUGAACCGCCUUCAAUACUAAUCUCACAUGAUCGGAAUGAUGUUGUUCAUCAACAUGUCCAUGAGUUACAUCAAACAAUGCCUCUUCAAGAGAGUAAAUUGAUCGAAACUUUUGAUCAAGACAUUGCACAUCCUCAACCUCUCUCCACCGCUUCUCAAGUUUAUCCAGCAAUGACGCACUCAAUGCCCCAACAGAUUCACAUCGGUCCUCCCGUGCCUCAAUCGUCAUCACUACACAUAACUGUGGAUCAACCGUUCGUCGACGAGAACAACAAAUCAUUGAAUACGCAUAACACGCACCAAGAUACACCACCUCCAACGAUACUCUUGACUGAGCCCAAACAGGCCGUGUCUCAUACUCCAAAGUCAGAAACAUAUCCAGACGCAUCCUCAACAAAGAGCCUCAAAGAAAAUGCACUCCCAACGCCAGAGCUUCAAACCAGCGUAAAGGAAUCAAUGGAGCCUUUGGUUCCAAUACCCCAUCCAAAAGUAGACUCUUCGACCAAUCAAUCUUUUAUUGCUUCAAAAGAUGACAUUGAACUGUCGCACGGUAUCAACAGUUCUGCUAAUGUUUCGCGAGUUUUACCAACUGAGACUCCAGUGGAGCGAAUUUCAAAAAUAACAGAAGAGGAAAAGCUCAAAGUCAAGACGUUCGCUUCAAGAAAUUUAAGGUACAAUGAUCCAGAUGAAUUAUUUAAUUUUAAGAUCGAAGAUGCUGUUACUAGCUGCUCUACCUCUGCUGCAGUAGAAAAUGUAUUUGUUGUGCCUCAGAUUAGUAUAGGAGAUGUUCAUGACAUUAUUGAAGAGCGUGAGGAUUGUAAAAAGAGUGAUCGUUACUUGGAGUCACCAAGCGAGGAAGAAGUUGAGGAGGUUAUUCCUCACAAAUCACAGGAAUUAAUAUUCAAUGAUGAUGUUGUAGUUUUUGAAUCACCAGAAGAAGAUACCAAAACCUUUUCUACAGCCACUGACGGAUCAAGCGAUUUUGAUUUGCAGGAGGCUGCAGAAUUGGCUGUAUCAACAGAACGCUUGGAAGAGCAUCUUAAAAAAACACUAAAUCUUGAAAGAGAGAAUCAACUGCUAGAGAGAGAAAUUAAACAUUUAGAACAAGAAAUUAAAACAAAAUACAGCGACGAGGUAUUUGAGAAGGCUUUUCCUGUUGUUGAAAUACUUUCGAAACCAAGAGGAUCAAAAUCAAUAGAACGAUAUUCUGAUGCAUCCAGUUCAACAACCAAUACAGCAGCGCUAAAACCACGAAUUGAGUCGAACGAAAACGAUGAAGAUUUAAAGUUUGAAUUGGAGUUGCUGAAAAUUGUUGGAGAAGAUUUUAAGAAUCGCAAGAAGAAUGCACCUUCUUCUUCCACUACGGCUGAUACAACCACUCAACCCGUCAUACCUUCUGCAUUGGCGCCCCCUCCAAACGUGCCUCAAACAUUUGCGCCUGUAGAGCCAUCCAGUACCUCUUUGCAACAACCCAAGCAAGACGGUUUAGCAACUACUAUUUCCACUGUAUCUUCACAGAGCCAACGGUUGGCAGAAUAUAAAGCUAGGCGAAACGCACGAAUGAAGCAGGCUCAAGAAAUUAUUCCAAGUGUUCCAGCAAUCCACAACUCGGAACCAAAACAACAAGAUAGUGACCAUGCAGAGAGUAAGGUUGGAAGACAAACUGCUCCCUCCCUCACAGACACGUUGGCACCAGCUGCUCAACACUCACCAACUGUAACAGACGUUCAGACGCACGUGGAAGUUAAACAUUCCCUGGAUGACGAUAGCAAGUUAAAUGCAAAGCUGAAUGAUCAAAGCAUCAACCUGAAACCUGUGCACUCCAACGUUCAGAAUAGUGACACCACACAAGAGAUGAUUCCAAAAAUUUCUCCAAUCAAAGCUCGACCAGAUAAGGGCUUGUCACCACUAAAGGUUUCUCCAAAUCGAACAAAUGUUACUAGAUCUAUGGAAAAAACAUAUGCAAUUAUUGGAAAGGAAAGCUUUGAUCAUUCCUCGUUAAGUAAGCAAGAAACGUUGUCGAGAGUAACAUAUUUGGAAAAGUUUAUGAAGGAUUUAAAGCGAAAAAAACAAGAAGAGUUGGAUUCUUUCGAGCAAAAGUUUUCUCAAAUGAGGGCUUACUUUGAAAAACAAUUAGAAGCUCGAGACAACGCAGUUCAUCAUUUAACUCACCAAAAUCGAAUGUUGAAGGAAAGGUUAACACUCACACAAACUCAAAUUGAUGACUUGUCCAUGGUGAUUGAGCACAUUUUAGAGUCCCAAGAGAAAAUGGAAGAAGCAAUCUCGGUCAACAAUAGUAAAGUUAUAACACCAAGAAAGGGAAGUAGUGAAAUGGAAGACGAACCCGUUUCUCCUGUUUCUGGAGGAGGAAUAUCUACGAGUGGUGAACAUCAUCACCAACAACAAGAGAAUUCAACAAAUUUACCACCAGGACCAACCAGUAGCGACUCUCAUCUUUCACCAAACACGAUAAAGAAGCGCUUGAACAGAGACUUUGAGGACGAAUCAGGAAAUACCUUACUUGAAACUCCACAAUUUUUAGAAAACAUUGAAGAAGGUAUUAGUGUUGGUCUCAGCAACGAUGGGGACGUGUAUUUAUCGAUUGGAAAAUCUAGCGUUCCUUUAGGCGAAUAUAUCAAGACACUGUAA